AGUUGCAGAGAGAAAGCAGCUGCGAGCUCAUGGGCGGACCUUUUGUCUAGUUUUUCUCUCUCAUUCGCUGCCUGCGCUGUCAAUCAAUGCACUUCCCGACAGCUCGGAUGUGACGUAGCAGCUGUUCAGACUUACCGGAAGUUCCAGCCGUGCAGCGCAGUAGCAUAUCAACAGUGUAACUUUACCUCCUAAACACGUUAAACUUGUAAGUUUUGGUUCUUUUUCCACCACAUGGCGUACCCAGGAUACGGCGGGUAUGGAGGCCCGAUGCCAGGCAUGCCGGCUCAGGGGAUGCCACCCCAAGGAAUGCCAAUGGGAGGCCCCAUGGGAGGCCCUAUGCCUGGACACAUGGGUGGGCCAAUGGGAGGCGCCCCACCUCAGGGAGGAUAUUCCCCUUAUGGAGGAGGCUAUCCAGGCUCUUUUGGUGCCCAACCCCCCGCUGCCAAUGAUCCAAUGUGGGGUUACUUCACGGCUAUAGCGGGCCAGGAUGGUGAAAUCGACGCAGAGGAGCUCCAGAGGUGUCUAACACAGUCUGGUUUCAGUGGCAGCUACACCCCCUUCAGCAUGGAGACGUGCAGAAUCAUGAUUGCAAUGCUGGACAGUCACCAGAGGGACUUCACUGGAAAGAUGGGCUUCAACGAGUUCAAGGAGCUGUUUACGGCUCUGAACGGCUGGAAGCAGAACUUCAUGAUGUUUGACCGGGACCACAGUGGAACCGUGGAACCUCACGAGAUGUCUCAGGCAAUCACUGCCAUGGAAGAACCACAUCCCCUUCUGCAAAGCUUCUGGAAGCUGUGGCCCAUCACUGGCGCUCCUGGAGCUGUGGCAGGCUACCGAGUCAGUCCCCAGGCUCUCAAUGCAAUCAUAAAGCGCUACAACAAAGGGGGCAGGAUCUUCUUUGAUGACUACGUGGCCUGCUGUGUCAAACUGCGAGCUCUCACAGACAACUUCAGACGGAGAGAUACCAUGCAGCAGGGGUCUGUCACCUUCCAGUAUGAUGACUUUAUCCUGUGCACAAUGGCCAUCUAAGUGCUGCCAUCUGCACUGCACCACCAGGUCAGCACGUUUAUGUGCCAGUCAGCGGCUGAUUCUGGAUCAGAACCUCACAGGAAUACAAAGGGAGGCCAGUAUAAGACUGAGCGGCUGCGAGUCGCGUCAGAAAAGUACUCAUUGCUUGUAACGCUUAGUGUAACGCUUUAGUCUUGUAUGUAACACAGGGAUGUGCUGAAGAUGUAUCCGGUGCACACAUAUAUACACACAGUAUGUAUCCAUAUUAGAGG